GACUACCUCUUGAUACAUACCUCCUAGCAAGUCCAGCAACUUCCAGACAAUAGUUAAGUCCAAAGCAGUAGUAUUUAAGAAAGUUUCAAUCUUAUAAGUCAACAUGGUUAAGAUUGCAAUUGCAUCGGCUUCGAGCACACUGGCUCGAGAAGUCAUUGACACGCUGGUGGCUUCUAAGAAGCAUGAUAUAGUCGCCUUAGUCCGACCGGACCCUGCCCAAUUCCCUUCCCUCCCCGGCGUCGAAUGGGUGCAGACGACUUACGAGGACAAGUCGGAAUUGGUUCGCUUGUUCAAGGGUGUAGAAACUGUUAUCUGCUUCUUAGCUGUUCAUCUCGACAAGGAUAACGCUAUCCAGAAGCGGCUUAUUGACGCUUCUAUUGAGGCCGGUGUUAGGCGGUAUGCUCCGUCCGAGUGGGCAACAGGUGUGAAGUUGGAAUCUUCGCUCGAUGCCAUGCCGUGGUAUGAGGGAAAGAUAAAGAUCGCGCAUUAUUUGGAGAAGCUCAAUGAGCAGAAGAAGGUCAUCGAAUAUACCCGCUUCCAAGUUGGCACGUUCAUGAACUAUCUCGCUCAUCCGCAUAAAACAACAACUCAUGCUCGUACUCUUCCAUUUUUGAUUGACUUUGACAACCAACAAGCCGCUGCGAUCGAAGGAUCUCUCGAUGAUGUUAUUGUAUGGACUACAGUUCAAGACAUCGCAGGUGUGGUGGCCCGCGCUGUAGAGUAUCCUGGCGAAUGGCCAGCCAUCGGUGGCAUUACCGGAACUAAAGCUACCAUCGGGGAGGUACUAAAACUGGGCGAGGCUAUUGGGAGGCCAAUAAAGGUACAUUUGCUCAAGGAACAAGACCUCGAAGCUGAGAUCAGAAAUGCUGGUGCUUUUUCUGUUCCAGACCUUCGCAUUGCGACGCCUGAGCAGGCCGGGGCCUUCAUGCACGCCGUGCCCGCUAGACUCUUAAUUGCCAUCCAUCGCGGUGCUUAUGAUAUUACUGAUGAGUGGAAUAAGCUCCUACCAGACUAUAAGUUUACACAGCUUGAAGACUUCCUUAAGAGUGCCUGGGGUGGGAAGUAAGUACCUGGCAAUAGGUACUUUGUCGAAGUGCAUGGCGGUUAUAUUGU